UUUGAAGUAUAGCUAAGUAAUUCAGACAAACACGCUCCGUUUUGUAAUAAAAACAACAGCUUAUGGAGUUUUAAUCAGACUUAAAAGAUCUGACAUAUGUCAUCGAUAUUAUUGAAUCAUAUUGGGUCUUAAUAUAAAGAGGAAUGAAUGCUUGGUAAUAUCGACAAUAGUUGAAACGUCUGCUUAGUGAACAUGAUUCUUAUAAUACAAACAAAUAUAUACAUUGGUUACUUCUAAAGGACAACAUUCUUUAUACUUUUACUAUGUAUUAGACAUUACUAUCAUGUCAUACUCUAUUAAUAGAAGACCCUUAUUAGGGGGUGUAUCUGACAGCGAAUUUGAAGAUGAUUUGGAAACUGAAAUAGAUGAUCCAAAUAUUUCUGUUCCUGAUGAGAAACCAUUUCUUAAACAAGAGGAACCUCUUGAUAGAUAUAACUUUACUCAUAUAGUUUUUUAUCUGCUUGGGAUAAAUGUAUUAAUUCCGUGGAGUUUUUUUAUUACUGCUGAUGAUUAUUGGAUGUACAAAUUUCGACAAAUUCAUGAUAAUGAUACUAGAACUUUUAAUUACAAUCAUACGGAAAAUUUAGAAACAAAGACAGAUCUUCAAGCUAGUUUUACUUCUUAUUUAAAUGUGGCAAGCGCUUUACCAAAUACGUUAUUUCUAAUAUUAAAUACUUUUAUUAGCAAAUCAGUACCUUUAAAAACAAGAAUGGUAGGAUCUCAAUGUAUUAUUCUUUUAUUAUUUAUUAUGACGACUGUAUUUGUAAAAAUAAAUACAGAUAAAUGGCAAGCUACAUUUUUAAUAAUUACUUUAACUACUGUAGCAUUAGUAAAUGUUGCGAGUGCUAUUUUUGGAGGCAGUUUGAUGGGUAUAGUUGGACGUUUUUCUCCUAAAUAUAUAACUGCAAUGUCUGGGGGCCAAGCUUUAGGAGGCAUCUUUACAGCUUUAGCAGAAGUGAUUUCACUUUGGAUUGGCGCUAGCCCUAUACUUUCAGGCUUAAUGUAUUUUAUUAUUGGAGAUACUAUAUUACUUCUCUCUUUAAUAGCUUAUAUAAUUUUAGAAAAAGCAGCAUUUUUUAAACAUCACAUGCUGGAUAAAUUUCCCGAACGUAUAGACUCUGAGUAUUCUGUUAAUACCGAAGUGAUGUUUUCACAAGUACAUACAAUUUCUUAUAUAAAUAUUAUUAAAAAAAUGUGGCAUUAUGGUAUUAGCAUAUUCCUUGUAUUCUUUAUAUCCCUCACAGUUUAUCCAGCUAUAACUGUGCUAGUAGAAAGUGAAAAUAAAGGAAAGGGAUAUGCUUGGAAUGAUGUAUACUUUGUACCUGUGGUAACAUAUCUCAUUUUUAGCACAGGAGAUUAUGCUGGUAGAGUUUUAUCAGGCAUUUUACAGAAGCCUAAAAAUAAACCAUACUAUGUCAUGUUUUUAAGCAUAGCAAGAAUUAUUUUUAUACCAGGUUUGAUGUUUUGUAAUGCACAACCAAGACAUAAUUUACCUGUUUAUAUUCAUAGUGACAUAUAUUACAUUUUGUUAACUAUUGCAUUUGCUGUAACUAAUGGCUAUUUGUGUAAUUUAUCAUUCAUAUUAGUUCCAACAGUGGUAAAUACACAAGAAAAAGAAAUUGCAUCUGUUAUGAUGGGAGCUUUCCUUGGUAUAGGAUUAACAACUGGCGCAGCUCUUAGUCUUUACAUGGUUAAAGCUUUGUAAUAUAACUAAGGUAUAUAUAUACUUAAUUAUACUGCCUUGUAUACUAUUUAAACAUAAGUGCAUUAUUGAUUUAAAUUCGUUUUAGAGAGUAUUUACCAAAUUUAAAAAUAUACAAAUUAUUAAUUAUCAAGAUAUUAUAGAGACAUUUUAUAAUUUCUUAUAUAAUAUUUAACUCCAUUUAAAUCAUGGUUUCCAGGGUAUUAUAACGUAAUAUAUUACUAUUAUAACAAUUUCAAUGUCUGUAGCUAGUGAUUAAAUAAUAAUCGUUAUUUAUUGACAAAAAA